AUGGCGAUGGCCACCACCGCUGCCAUGGGUCGCUGCCUCCUCCUCUCCCGCUCGUCCCCUUUCAGGGUCCGCCUCCUCCACGCCGCCCUCUCCACCGCCGCCCCCACCCUCAGCCCCACCUCCACUCCCACUCCCCCUCCGUGGAACGAGCUCCUCCUCAAGCGCCUCCGCAUCUGCCACCUCAAGGACGCCUUGUCCCAUGGCAUCCCAAGGCCCGCCUCGAGGGCCACGGAGCAAAGCUUGCAGCAGGGGAAGGGGAAGAGGGUUGAGGCCGCCGAGAGCUUCGAGGAGCUUGGCCUCGGGGAGGAGGUGAUGGCCGCGCUCGGGGAGAUGGGCAUCUCCAAGCCACGAGCAGUAGUAGUAGCACAAGCCCUCCUUGUUCCAGCGCCUCCACCAAGCACCGUUGCCGCCAUUGCCAGGGUCGACCCGAGCUCGUCGAUCUCCUCGCACAAGCCAUCUUGCGCCCUUCCGCUGCUUCCAUCGGCUUCACAAGCGCAUGAGGAGGCCAUCUUGCUACAUCUCGUGGCUAACCUGAGCUAG